CCUCCCUCCUCACCGCACACAGGGCCACACUCAGCUCAGCUCAGCUAACAUGGGGGUCCGGGUCCUGGAGAAUCAGAAAGAUUUUGAAAUGGUGCUGAAGGAGGCUGGAUGUAGAUUAGUGGUAAUUGACUUCUCAGCAACAUGGUGUGGACCUUGUAAAGUCAUCAAACCGCGUUUCCAUGAACUGGCAGAGAAAAAUCCAACUGCAAUAUUCUGUGAUGUUGACGUGGAUGAUGCAGCGGAUAUAGCUGAACACUGUGGAAUAAGCUGCAUGCCAACAUUCCAGUUCUACAAGAAUGGAGCAAAGGUGUUUGAGUUUUCUGGGGCAAAUCGAAUGACGCUGGAAGACAAAAUCCAAGAGCUGCAGUAAUCGUGCAUGUAAAAAUGCAUUGAAACUGGUGUUUCAGACUAAAAUGUUCAGUAAUUUAUUUAGUCAAACAAUUUGUAAGAGAUAGAGUUGUUUAUCUAGAAUGUGAAUGAAUAACGUUUCUUGGGGAUUAAAUCUGCUAGGGUUUUUCCAAGAUCAGUUUCCUCAAUUAAAAAUGUAGGCUUUUAAAGAACAUAAGUAGAUUUGGUUAUAAUCUAAUAUCAAACUGACAAUUUCAGCCUUAGUCUCCAUCUCUGCAACUAUCCUACUUUCUAUAACAUUUAGCAUUGUUGAUAGAAAAUUAUCUUGAGCUGCAAUUUGGAUAAAUAUGUUUUGUUUUCAUCUUUACACAGAAAUUUUCUUCACCUUAACUCCACCCACUAAACUACCAAUUGCUGCUGGUAAACGUGCCCUUGAAAAUUACUGAUUGCAGUAGUUCUCGGUUGUGCACUCCAUUCCAUUAACUUUGUGACAUUUAAAAAUCAACCAUGAGCUGUUUUUUUUUGGUCCGCGUGAUAUCUGACACAUCAGGAAACCCAUUUAUCACACUUUGUCCAUAGAUGAAAAAAAAGACCAUAACAGCUGACAUUUGUGACAUAUUGACAAAGAUGUUUCAUUUUGGAGGUUGUACCUAGCAGUUUGUUGUAGUCUAGGUAGCCUGCUUUUGCCAAUACUUAUUUUUCUUAAGAAUUUAGCAAGAUCCAAUAAAUCAAUUUCUUACUUACAACAAAAAAAUUCUAACAAGACCAUUAAAUUGAUCAAAAAGUUUUGAAUAGAAUGAGACCAUCAGAAUUUGAUCUGCCUAAAACCACAAUAGCAGCUAUUUCAUUUUGUUCUUCGCGGUUCAAGCUGGUGUAUCUUCUGAAUGUACACGUGUGGUGUAAGGUGUUUUUAAUGUCUCAAUAUAAUAAAUAUUGCGCUUAACAUCGUUUUAUUGAAAUAAAGGUUUUCAGUCAA